AUGACGGACGCGCAAUUGUACGAAGAGACCUUCCAGGUCACCACACUUCUCGAUCAGACCUACGACCGCGUGCACAGAGUUCUUGGAACUAGCCACGAUUCCGCGACACAAAUCACCCUUGAUAUCAACUGCGAGCUCUACCCAAUCGCCAAUGGAGAGAGCUUCCAGAUGCUKCUAGCGUCGACGUUGAACCUUGAUGGUACUAAGGACGAAGGUGGUGGGUGGAGAGGGAAGAGCACUGAGCCGACGUUGGCGGACAUGUGGGACUAUGUGUGCUACGGGAAGGUGUACAAGGUGGAGGAUCCCGAGGAUGGUGAUCGAAUCAAGGUCUAUGUCUCGUUUGGUGGUUUGCUACUGAGUCUGGAUGGACCCUACAAAAAGCUUUCUCCGCUGAAGAUUGAGAAUGUCUACAUGCUGCUGAAGAAAUGA